ACUGAUUCACUCCAGGAUACAUCACAGUAUAUAAGGGACAGACACAAGUGUCAGUGAAGUAUCAACUCAGCUCUGCAUCACAGUGAAGCAUGAUGAAGGUUCUGCUACUGGCACUUGUUCUUGCCCUAGUGUUGGCAGAUGGCUCUGCCUUGAAAUGUCACAGGUGUGUUCCCAGCACACCUGGUGGAAGAUGUUCGAUCACCCAAGAGACCUGUGGCUAUAAACAAGAUGCAUGCGUAUCUGCCAGAUUUACCGUGUCCCCCUUUUCCUACUUCCGGAGGUGCAUCGCCAUGUCAGAUUGCAUGAUUCUUCAGUCCAGCCCCUAUAUCAAGACCAAGUGUUGUCAGACAGACCUCUGCAAUACACCUGUCAUUUAAACCCACAUGACUCUGAACACAUAAAGUCUUUAAGGGAAAAAUGACUCAAACUGUGUCAAUGUCACACACAACGUGGAAUUCUAUACUGAACAAUAACAAUAAUAAAGUAAUUACAGGAUGUUACACAACAUAUUUGCAUAUUAAAUCAAUGUUACUCAUUUGUUUUAGUGUGAUUCUGUAACUAAAGGCACUUUUCACUUUUUCUUCUCUAUUAAAAAGCAUUUUAAAUAAAA